AUGUCGAAUGAGUUAUCAAGACUGGCUCCUUUGCUUCGGAGCAAUUACCAAGAAGAAGCAUAUGAGCCGAUUUGCAGCUCGACUACAUCGCCAAGUUUACCAGACCGAGAUUCGCCUCAAAAUCAAGGCGGGCCAGCAGUUGAUCCACAAAGUGUUUCCAGGACUGUCACGCCUGAGCUUGACGACCUGCCCUCCGAGCCUGAACAACAAGACAGAAAUAUCUACAAUGCUGUAAUUUCGCCUUCAAUAAUAUGUGCAAUCGUCACAUAUAUUUGGCACUUGGACGAAUUCGAGAUCGGAGAUAGUCGUGAGGCAUGGCGAAAUGUCAUCAACGUACUCGCGACUUUAUUCCCGAUUCUCUAUGCCUCCAUCGUUGGCCGUUUAAUGGUGGAGUCCGCACGAUGGAAGCUCGAGAAGGGCAGCAAUAUCGGCUUCCUUGAACAGCUAAUGGGCAGUAGAACCCAUAGCGUGGUUCAACAAUCUUUCUACAUCGGUAUUAUCAAGCAUGAUGACAUCUGGAGGCGUGAGUUAUGGCAACAACAAGGUGAUUCUUGCACGUACGGGCACAUUUUACAAAAUAUUGUUUCAGCACCAAGGACAGCCAAGCUUGAUCCUAUGGACCUCUGGGGCAACGUCAAAAUCCCUAAUCUGGGUCAAAACGUAACAUCAGAUUGGAAAGAUGUCCCGAACGACUCUGCCGCAGUGCAAUACUCGUCACUGGCUGUAAUACCUUUCAGUUACACCUGCGAGCGAAACACGACUUUUACACUCGAGUCUGCAUACAUGUACUUGAAUUGUCCGAAUGCCUCUCGAUUCCUCGCCCCUGAGAAUGGAUCCUUGCCGAUGAAGGCGGGACAGGUUCAUGUCACCGAUAAGUUCAUCUGCCCUUCGUCGCUUCAAAGGCCCUUUGGCGAAUUGGGCCUCGGAUAUCCAAACGCAACAUGGCAUGGAUAUGACUAUGUCAGGAAAUACUCCACCUGUGCUCGGAGCAGCUCAGCACAAUGGGGCAUGGCAAUUGAUCGCUUCGUGGACCCGUGA